AGAGGCGGGGCGGUGACCAAACCUGCAAGAAAAGUUAGAGAAGUCCGGAGUUUCUUCAUUUAACAGCCAAGAAGCACAACAGGACAACCAUGCGCUGUACUGGAUUAUUUUUAUUACUCUGUUCGUAUGUUUCAGUUUGGGAGAUUUGUGGAACUGCGCAUGCGCAUCUCCCCCAUGUGUCGCGCUACGAGGUGGUCCGAUUGCGGAGAGGGCGAGUAAAGAGGAGCACCUUUCUGCAAGAGAAAAAUCCUUCUGCAGUUGAAUAUGCCCUGGAUAUUGAUGGGAAAACCUUCACAAUAUCUCUGGAAAGGAAUAGGGAGCUGUUAGCAAAGAAUUACACUCUGACUUACUACACCGAAGAUGGGGCAAAAGAGAUUACAUAUCCAUCGAAUGUAGACCACUGCUACUAUCAUGGACAGAUUCAAAAUAUAAAUGACUCCUCAGUCAGUGUUGGCAUGUGCUCAGGAAUGCGUGGCUUUUUGAGAGCAGAAAAUCAGGUUUAUCUGAUUGAGCCUCUGGAGGAUUCUGUGAAAGGGGAUCAUGCAGUUUACAAACAAGAGCACUUGAGGACUAAGAGAGCAACUCAUGGAUACAUCAAUGAUACCGUCUAUGACUACGGAGUUGCGCCAAGACUUGCUGGGCUGCAAAAAAGUAGAAACAUGAAAAUCAAGGUGCCAAAAGAAGGACGAUACAUUGAGAUGGUUCUUGUGGUUGAUUAUAAAGAGUACAACAAAUAUGGAAGCUUGAAGAAGAUAGAGUCAAGAAUGCUUGAAGUUGUAAAUCAUGUGAACAAGCUCUAUCGUCCUCUGAACAUCCGUGUUAUGUUGGUGGGAUUAGAGGUCUGGAGUAAUAAAGAUCAGAUUGAUGUUAGUAAUGUGCCUGAUCAUACUCUAGACCGUUUUUUAAAGUGGCGUCAAACAGAACUCCUGCCAAGAAAGAAGCAUGACAAUGCACAAUUUGUAACUGGGAUGGAUUUUUAUGGAUCAACUGUUGGUUUGGCUCCCGUGAAGUCUAUGUGCUCUCAAUCAUCUGGUGCUGUGAAUGAGGACCAUAGUAAUAAUCCUCUUGGGAUUGCCUCCACUAUUGCACAUGAAAUGGGCCAUAACUUGGGCAUGUCACAUGAUACAGUAAACUGUGACUGUCCAAACACACAACCUGGCCAGAACUGUGUGAUGGGAGAGAACAUUGGAUAUGUGCUUCCUGACCGCUUCAGUAGUUGUAGCAAAAUGGAUUUGGAGACAUUUUUACAGAAUUAUGAUGUUCGCUGCCUGCUAAAUGCUCCAAAUGAGGAUGAUCUGUUUGGGGGUCCAGUAUGUGGAAAUGCCAUUGUGGAAACAGGCGAGGAAUGCGACUGUGGAACUUUGCAGGAAUGUGAUAACCCUUGCUGUAAUGCCACCACCUGCCGACUGACAAAAGGCUCUGAGUGUGCGAAUGGGGAGUGCUGUGACCAGUGCAAGCUGAAGCAAGCAGGAAGUCUGUGUAGACCCAGUGCUCAUGACUGUGAUUUGGAGGAAUAUUGCACAGGGAAACUUGCACACUGUCCCAAAGAUGAGUACAAGAUGAAUGGGCUUCCAUGUAACUCCAACCAAGGAUACUGCUAUAAUGGCCAGUGUCCAACACACCUGGAGCACUGCAAGACACUGUGGGGGCCAGAUGCUGAUGUUGCUGAUGAUGCAUGCUUUGACAACAACUGUCAAUGGCCCAGGCGUGGACGUGAAUGUGCCCAAAACAAGAAAUGUGGGAAGAUGUACUGCACUGGUGGAAAUGAAUUUCCAAUAACCCAAAAGAAAAAUUAUAUAAUUAUGGGUGAGAGAAUGUGCAAUGUGGCUGUGGAUGUACCUGGCACAGAGGAUAUAGGGAUGGUGCCAACAGGUACCAAAUGUGGGACAAACAAGGUGUGUUACAACAGUCUUUGCGAGGAUGUAACUGUCUAUGGAACUGCUGACUGCUCUGCAAAAUGCAAUAAUCAUGGAGUGUGUAACCAUGAGAGGCAGUGCCACUGUGAUCCAGGCUGGGCUCCACCCUUCUGUGACACCAAGCUCUAUGAUAUUGCAAGUGGGCAAGAUGUGGUCAUUGGUGUGAUUACUGCCAUAAGCAUUCUGCUGCUGAUAUCUGUUGUUUUUGGAGGCUUGAUGUGUUGUAAAAAACAAAUGAUAUUCAGAAAGAAAAGCUCCCUUAUGGAUAUGAACGGCUACCCAGGUCAGUGCAAUCCAGCAUUUCAGCCAGUCAGUGCAAAGAACAGCCCCAAAUGUGGACCCCUUCGUAUCAGCAAGCCCACCUUUCUAGAAUCAUCUGUAACGCAGUCCUGCACACCUCUAUUUGCUACCAUUUCACCUAGCAGAGCUCCACCACAGCCUCCAAAGGUAGCAGAGCAAUCCAGGAGGGAAAAGGUUUUGAAGCCUUUUGGCCCACGGCCUGUUGUUCAAAACAACAUUAGUUUUGCUCAGGAAAAACUAUUGCCUGCCGAAUCUAAACCACUUCCUCCAUCAAAACCUUUACCUCCACUGAUUACCAAGCCAGUGAAUAAACCAAAAACUCCUCCAGUGCCUCCUGGAAAACCAGACAGAAACCUCACAUGGAAUCCCCCUCAGGCAGCUGCAGUUCCAAAGGUUCCUCUCAAACCUCCAAAGUUCAGAUGAUGGGAAGCAGAAUGACUUUCUCUGAAUCAUUGAGCGCUUCAAGAGAAGCUUUAUGAGCAAUCUUAAUGCCUCUACAAGGGACACAGCUGUGAAGAUUAUUCAGACUUUUGUGUGUACUUUGGCAGGGAGAAACAGGAUGGGCUUCAAAAUGGUGGGAAAAUAUCCCCACAAUGAUGUUUGAAGCCCUUUGGAAUGUACUACCUUUUUGUUUCUAUGUCCUACUUGAUGUAGUUGCUUGAAGAAUAUUUUGUUAAGUUACAUCUUGAUGUACUGAUUUUUAAUUAUUAUACUUGACUGUUAAUGACCAUUUUACAAUAAUAUGUACCAAUGUACCUUUUACAAUAAGUCAUUUUACUUGCAAUGGUCAACAUUGUGCUAUUAUAGUUGUUGUUUUUUUUCUUUCCUCAGUCAUGUUCAUGUUAAUUCUCAGCUGGUCUGAGAGCCUGAAGAAUGUUAAAUAAUUUUAAAUAUUUAAUUCAUUAAAUGCUGUUGAUGGUUUUAAAAAAUAAAUAAACGAUUCAUUUUUCUCACAA